UUAAAAUAACCCAAAGAGAACCCCUCAUCUGAUCUUCAUCUACACACCCAAAACCGAAAAAAAAAGAACCGUAUAGAACAGAAACCUUAUUUCUCUUGAACAAAACCAGCGGUCACCCUCAAAAUUCAAAGACCCCUCUUCUUCUUCUUCAGAUUCUAACCUAGAGACCUAAGAAGAAAACCCAACAUAGACACAAAAAAGAAAACGAAAAAGGCUAUCCCUAAGAGCUGAGCGGCGGACAUAGACAGAAAAGAAGAGCAAACCCCCCAUUUUCGGCGAGCUCUCAUCCUCUCAAACUUGAGAGACGCAUAGCCGCCCCAUCCUCUCCGGUUUAGCUUUUCCCAUGACUGCUGCCAUCGGAGGUGAUGACUGGCGACGGCCAUGACUGCUUCACCACCAUUAUUUUCGUUCGCUUCACCUCUAACCUGUAGAUCUAGCCGGAAAUGUCCAAGUUUCGGCGAUUCCUAGUCCCUCGAGACCCUACUCGGUUUGUUCGUUGUUGUUGACGUUCGCCGUCGAUCUGUUUCGCUCUAUUCUCCCUUAAGACGGUGCUCGUCGUGGCAGUAGCGUCGUUGUUCGGUGACUUUAUUUGCUGGCCAGAUUUCUUUUUGUUUUUCUUGCCGGAAAAUCUCUUCUGGCGAACUCCGUUAGUCUCAGUUGAAAACACCCUCCAAACUUCAGCUUUGAAUCACCCCCAAGUGGCGUUAAACCAGUCAAAACAACCCCUUUUUUCGUAACUCUACGGCAUCUUGCGUCGAGCUUUUCGAGUCGUGGUUCUGUCGGUCUUGCUCGCAUUUUUUCAGUGUUUGUCGUCGGGUUCUAUUUGCUAGUUGAACGACUUUGUUGGUGUAUCAAGCUUUGUUUCGAAGGUCCUUUAUAAAUACACAGAAGAGUUUUCACAGAGGAAACUAGGAGCAAACACGAUGGGACUUCUCAGCAUUAUUCGAAAGAUCAAGCGAAAAGAAAAGGAAAUGCGCAUCCUUAUGGUGGGUCUUGACAACUCUGGUAAAACAACCAUAGUUUUGAAAAUAAAUGGGGAAGACACAAGUGUCAUCAGUCCGACUCUUGGCUUCAACAUCAAAACUAUCACGUAUCAGAAGUAUACCCUCAAUAUUUGGGAUGUCGGGGGUCAGAAAACGAUUCGUUCUUAUUGGAGAAACUACUUUGAGCAAACUGAUGGCUUGGUGUGGGUUGUGGAUAGUUCUGAUCUGAGAAGGCUAGAUGACUGCAGAUACGAGCUACAUAAUCUUCUGAAAGAAGAGAGGCUAUCAGGAGCAUCGUUAUUGAUAUUUGCAAAUAAGCAGGACAUACAAGGCGCUCUUUCUCCGGAUGAAAUAGCAAAAGUGCUUAACCUGGAGGCCAUGGAUAAUAGCCGGCACUGGAGAAUCGUGGGAUGUAGUGCAUACACCGGAGAUGGACUACUUGACGGAUUUGAUUGGCUGGUACAAGACAUUGCAUCACGGAUCUAUAUGCUUGAUUGAUUAAAGAUUACAUUAAGAUUUUGAUUCAUUCAAGAUAACCUUUCUAAACACUAUUUUAUGUACCAUUUGGAGUACAUUUGUGGAUAUAAAGAUCAAAUUUCUGUCUGAGGACAUUU